AGGCAGGAAAUUACAAUGGAAGGAAUCUUAACGUCCAUAGCUUUUAUCAAUUAUAUAAAAAUCACGUACCUUUCAUCGCCUUCUUAUAAUUAAUUAUAAAUGCUCUCGAUAAUUUCUCCUCUGGAGGUUGCAGCUCUUCACUUUCUCUCUCUCUCUCUCUCUCUCUCUCUCUCUCUCUUUAUCUGCACCUCUACAACCAAGGAACAAUCUUUCUCUCUGGAAGAAAAAGGAUUUGGAUUUCAAGUCAGAUUUCAAUUUGAUUGCUGACAACUAGGCGGAGACAGGCUUUGUUGGAUGAUAUUUUGUUGUCAGCAAAGCGAUGAGCCGCUCGUCAGACCUUCAGGGGCCUGCCUCUGGUAAAAGAAGAUUAAAAGAAUUAUUGCAACAAAGUGAUAAUCGCUUCUGUGCUGAUUGUGGUGCUCCAGAUCCUAAAUGGGCGUCUGCAAAUAUUGGAGUUUUCAUAUGCUUAAAAUGUUGUGGUGUGCACAGAAGCCUCGGUACUCAUGUAUCAAAGGUUUUAUCUGUGACAUUGGACGAAUGGUCUGAUGAUGAAAUUGAUGCCAUGGUUGAAGUUGGAGGAAACUCCGCUGCUAAUGCAAUAUAUGAGGCCUUUAUACCUGAAGGAGUUUCAAAGCUGCGACCAGAUGCAAAUCAUGGCGAGCGUAUGAAAUUCAUCAGGUCUAAGUAUGAGCUUCAAGAAUUCUUGAAACCUAGUUUGCGGAUUACAUCGGGGAAACCUACCAUUUCUGUUCAAUCAAGUUUUUCUAGGAAGAUUUUGGAUAGUUUUCGAAUUACAAGUGCAUCACAGAAAAUGGAGGAAGGGAUGGUGGAAUUUAUUGGAUUGUUGAAGAUCAAAAUUAAAAAUGGUACAAAUUUAGCUAUCAGAGAUAUGAUGUCAAGUGAUCCGUAUGUGGUUCUCACUCUUGGGAAACAGACGGUUCAAACAACUGUAGUAAGGAGCAACUUGAAUCCAGUUUGGAAUGAGGAACUCAUGCUGUCAGUUCCACAGGAUUUUGGGCCUGUAAAGUUGGAAGUUUUCGAUCAUGACACAUUUUCAGCUGAUGACAUAAUGGGAGAAGCAGAGCUGGAUAUCCAGCCCUUGAUAACGGCAGCCAUGGCGUUCGGGGACCCAGAAAUGUUUGGAAACAUGCAGAUUGGAAAAUGGUUGAAAUCACAUGACAAUGCCUUGAUAGAUGAUAGCAUAAUUAACAUUGUGGAUGGGAAGGUGAAACAGGAGGUCUCACUCAAGCUCCAGAAUGUUGAAUGUGGGGAAUUAGAACUAGAACUUGAGUGGAUACCUCUUGACCAAUAAGUACAUAUUAAAAGCUAUUGUUUAUCCUUCCUUCCCCCAUUUAAUAAGAAUCUGUAACGUUGAUUUGGGUUAAUUAUAUGGACUGGCAACACAUACUUGUCUUCUUUCAA